AUGUUGCGUUCAAAACUAUGCACAGGCACUCAAAGUGGUACGCUGUUUUCCUGCUGUGUAUCUAAUGAGGAUCCAUCCGAAAAAAGAAUCGACAGGAGCGCAAUCGGUCCUCCAAUGGAUUUUCGGCAUCUUGCCCACAUGGGCGUCUCAGGUGGUAAUGAGAUUGCUACCUCGUCACCUUCGAAUCGACCUGACUUAAAUGAUUUGUCUGCACCUCGAGCUCCACUUCCGGCCCACUUGAAGUUAAUCGAGCUAUCUGAGGCUUUAGCUGUUCACAAUGCAUCAGCUGCUGUCGCAUUACAAGCAAAGAACCAGGCAGCCAAUGCUACUGCUCUUACACCAGCGCUUCACGCCAAAUCAUGCUGCCCCGAAACUGUUUGCUCUGUUCGGAAAUCAACCCCUUCUCGCCUUCUCACCAGUGGUCCCCUUCCUCCACCUCCUCCUCCUCCUCCACCGUCAGCAAUGAUUUCAUGA